CAUUAAGGAUGGGAGCAACCUGUCUUGAUUUGAUGCUCUAUAAUUCAUCUUAUGCGUCUUGUGAGCCCCCCCACGUUGGCGACAUUGAUGCUGUGUCUUCUCUGGGCUGCUCUCGCGUAGUGUCGAAGAUUGCAUCAAGCUUGAGUAGUGUUAGCGGCAUUCUUCGAGGUGGCGUGGGUGGUUUGUCGAAGUCUUCUCCACAUGGCCGUGGCCCGGAGGUCUCCCGCUCCGGCACAGGCGAGGUGUCCAGCCCCAAAGGCGGAUUGGAGUCCAGGUAGGUGAUGAUGAAAAAAAGCGGUGCAGAGAUGUCGAGGUGGUUGUCCCAAAGGUGUUGGGUGAAGCAGCGUGUACUGGAAUUCGGCAAAACCCGCGACACGAUGUCGAGGAGGGUUGAUUGCAAAGAAUUGGUGGCCGAAGCAGCGUGCACUGGACUUCAGCGAGAAGACAGCCGAGGCGUCAGUUCCUGGAGGAGUGAGCCUGUCGACGUCUGGUAUGGUAUGCUUGUCGACUCCCGAAGGACGAGCUGGAGGGUGUGCAGGAUACGUCGCUCUGCGGAGAGGAGCAUCAGUGCGGAUUUCGCAGCUGCAGACUCCCGAAAGAGGAGCUGGACUUCAAGAUAUAAUAGUGUGCAAGGACGGCCCCAACCGGAACCGCCGACAGCGUCAACCUUGCUCGACACCCGAAGGUGGAACUCGGUUUCGGCGAUGAAGCAGCUGCGGACACCCGGAGGUGGAGCUGAACUUCAAAAAGGGAUCGAGAGAAAUUGUGGUCUUAGAGGAGGCCACGAGAAGUAGCUGCGGGCACCCGGAGGUGGAGCAGACUUCCGAGAGAGAACGAGGAACAAAGAUAGCUCAGAAAAGGACCACCAGAAGCCCGAAGGCAACGAGAGCGGAGGGUUGCAUCCCUAUAGCGGUCACUCUUGACGGACCAGACAGGGCCGGCCGUCUCAAGGCGCUGAAAGGGAGCAAAG